AUGGUUCCGCCGUCUUCUCCGCUCUGUGGUAAUCGCCAGCAGACUCUAGCUAAUACUAAUGAGGUCGCCCUUGAACAGCCCUGCCUCCCAUGUCUUAGUCGAGCGAUAGCUGGUCGGCCGCACCGUGUCGCCCGUGUCGCUGCUGGUGUGUCGCUGCUUUUGGAUGAUCUGGUCCAACAGCGACACGUAAGCGUCGAUGCACUCGUCGACCGUCAUGCGCAGCGGACCGAGCAUGAUUGCUAUGAGCCUGUGCUUCUCGUCAGCGGUGCAUUCAGCAUGGCAGGGCAGUCACUAUUGACCCGCCAGUGCUGGUACCCCCGAUCAAGUCAAAGUAGUCGCAAAGGCUUCAGCGGUGAUUCCGGGUCGAUGAUCUCCAUCAGUUGCUUCAAGGUCUGCAGCGUCGACAGGCCGCGGACGCCACCGCCAUCAAGAGCGAGCAGGCGAAGGUCACUUUCGGGCAUGGUUGGAGAUAUGGAUAGGGGUCAACGAAAGCGUUAGUCUGGAGGAGGGAUAAACAAACGUGCACAACGCCAGAAGGAAGCAAACCUGCG